CUAUUCACAGAGUUCAGUCCCGUUACCCCAUUAACAUUCAGACCCAGUCAGAGAGACAGAGAGAGAGAAAGUAAGAAGACAUUAUCCAGCACAGAGAGACAUCGACUGAAUAGACACUAAACAGACAGUAUAGGGUGUGUAAGUUUAUCGAUGUGAAGAUGUAAAGUUGUAGCUAUGUGUGUAUGAAGGAGUGAGAGUAAUGUGACGAGCGCGAGUGUAUGUUUUGACCUGAUUUCGUGUUGAGAGAUUGGGAGAUAUAGGGUGAGGGGUGGACGAGGGAUUUAGUGCAUUGCUGGGUCAAACAAACUACCCCCACCAUUGAAGAGGAAAGUAAAGGAAAGGAAAAGUGCAGCGACUGGAAAGAAGAGGAAAAAAACUGAUCAGACAAAGCGAAGAAGAAAUGAUGAACAGAGAAAAGGUCAUUCCCUUGUUCUCUAUAUAGCUGUGCAUGCUGUGUAUUCCUGGUGUGUUAAAGUGAGGUGUGGUCUGGACCUGAAGAAGAAGAAAAUCACAAUGUCACGUUCAGAUGAGGUCAACAAGAUGACAGAAAAUGUCUAUAAGGGCAUUUUGGAUCAGUUUAACCCCAGUCUGAAGAACUUUGUUACAAUGGGAAAACACUACGAGAAGGCUCUGACAGGAGUCACAGUAGCAGCUAAAGGUUACUUUGAUGCACUGGUCAAACUGGGAGAACUGGCCAGUGACAGCCAGGGCUCAAAAGAACUGGGUGACACGUUAUUUCAGAUGGCAGAGGUUCACAGACAGAUCCAGGUCCAGCUAGAAGAUGUGCUGAAACUGUUUCAUUCAGAGCUGCUCUCUCAGCUGGAACAAAAACUGGAGUUGGACAUCAAAUAUCUCACUGCAACACUAAAGAAGUAUCAGAGUGAGAGGAAGUCAAAGGUGGAGUCUAUUGAGCGCUGCCAAUCACAGCUGAAGAAACUGCGGAGGAAGAGUCAAGCCAGCCGCCAUCCCAAUAAGUAUGGAGACAGAGAGAUGCAGUAUGUGGAGUUGAUGAGUCGUCGACAGGGGGAGUUGGACACUCUGGUUGCCGUUGGUUACCGCUCUGCUCUGACAGAAGAGAGACGACGUUAUUGCUUUCUAGUGGACCGUCAGUGUUCUGUCACCAAACUCCUUAUGAACUACCACUGCAAGGUGAGAGAGCUUUUGUCUCAAAAGCUGUCAUCGUGGCAACAGUCAUGUUCGCAGCCAACCAAACUUCCAGAGCGAGCGCUGAACCUGUUGCGUCACACUGCCCCCCAGAGCCCUGGAGGAGCUGGACUUGCUGAAGUCUUGAGAAAGGCUAAACUGGGAAUAUCUCAACCUGGAGAACAAAGACUGUCUGUACAGGAAGUCCCGCCUUUAUUAAACGGUGACAGCAGCAGUCGGUCUCAGCAGCAGCGGUCUUCCCAGUCUGAAACCCUUUCCCAGUCUCUCCAAGGUCUUUCCCCGCAGCCCACCAGUAAUGGCCACUCCCACUCCAGUGCUUCAGCAAGCCCCCAGCAAGCGAGCGUGACCGGUUUACACGCCUCCCCAUCGUCUAACAGUUCACUACAGGGUCUCACCCCACCCCUAACUGCCCCCCAUAGCCCCCCACUACCCCAUAGUGCACCUCUGUCCCGUGCCCUUACACCCCUCCAAGGAGUGUCGAAUUUACCCAGCACUCUUAACAUGCUGAAAGGAGCUGAGGUUUACUCUACCUCCACACUACCACUGCCCAGGAGACAGACCAGCGAGGCUCGAACGGGAUUCUUCGGCUCCACACUUCCUCGCGUGCUUCCUCUCUCUUCUCCGACUCGUGUGGAGGCUCUGUUCCCUCACUCUCCUGACUCCUCAGAGGUGGAGAAAGAAGGAGAAAGAGGAGGAGGUUCCUGUCUGCUCUCCUUCCUGCCUGGUGACACUCUUACCCUGCUGAUCAGUGAACCCAGAGAUGGUUGGCACUAUGGGCAGAACGAGCGAACUGGACGAAAAGGAUGGUUUCCCUUCUCCUACACACAGGUUUACCCAAACUCACCUGGACAACAAGAUAUCAGUCCUCCUCCCCUGUCCAAAAUGAACAGCACAAGCAUGGGGCAGUUGGACAGGUUGACCCCUGGUGGUCACAUUCGACAGGCCAGUCCUGAUUCAGAAGAGGAGAGGAACAUUGUAUCUCAGCGGGUCAGCACCUUCAGGCCUCGUCCCUAUAGCAUGCUGAACCCUGAAACCACCAAGAUGAGUCCACGGCUUGCAGGACAACGUCUGAAGGACAGGCAGGUAUCCACUGAUUUCAUGUGCCCUCCUCCAUCCCCAACCAGGAUCAAUCCAUUCGCCCAUAUUCGACUGAGAAAGACCGUGACCAACGAUCGCUCCGCCCCACUCAUAGAGUAAAACCUUUCAUUAUUAACAAAAGAGAUGCUGACUGUAACAGCGCCACUUAUGUGUUUUUAAUAUAAUGUUGAUAUUGAGUUUGAGAUGCCACUCAGUGUUUUUUUUAUUAUAGACACAUUCUUAAUGAAACUCUACGACAAAUCUAAUGCUUAUUUAUACAGGUAUUAGAAACAGUAAUAUUUUAAGGCCAUUAUUUGGAUUUAAUUUAUGUAGUGCUGAGGGCAUAUGGAGGUGCAAUGUUGAAAUGACUUCAAUGUGACAUUGUUUCUGCAAUUUACAUUAAUUCUCCAUUGUUUUGAUGAUUUAUAUCACAGCAUGAUUUACACAAUAAAGGUAGGAAUUAGGAAAGUAAGAAACAGAAAGAAACUUUUUCAGUAUAGCGGGUCAAAGCUGGUCUUUGUGCAGUUUCAGCAGAUGUUUUAAUCACUGAUUAAGAUUUGUUCUGCAAAGUUUUGUAAAUGUAAUGCUUUAUAUUAACAUUUUGUUUUUGGCAGAAGCAUUCCACUGUUCCCAAAAGUUCACUGCUACCAUUUUAAGCAGGGUUAAGGACUUGGAAACACCUUGGUCAAAAUGCAUAUCAAAAUAUAUAUUAAUUAUUUGUAUACAAAUUCACAUCUCAUUAUCAAAGUUUUACAAUGCUUUUUAGGACCGGUUUACCCAAACGCUAAUGUGAAACUCACCAACAGUCUUAAAAAUAAAGGUGCUGAGAAAGGGUUCUUCCUGACGAAAUCAGGCUCGAUCUGCGACCUUACAAAAAAUCCUAAGUUUGCUUUUUCCCGUGUAAUUGAAUAAAGAGAAAGCAUUUAGAGCAUGCAAGGUUUACUGGCUGGUAGGCAACAUGAAUGGAUAAAUGGAAAGGUGAAUUAUAACUAUUGAAAGUCUUUGGAAAGAAUUUUGGGGGAAAUUAUGUUGUGUUUAUGUAAGUCUCAAAGGCUUUCAGUUUUUGUCUCUUGUCCCUUAUCGUCUUGUGUCUUUCAUUUGUCACAUAUUUUGUAAAAGUCUGAUUUCUAAAAGGGUGCAGUCAAACAUUUUACUAGAAUUAAAGCAAGAGAUCUGAAUGCUGAGUUGAAAGAGAAAGGUCUUGAAAGUGGAGACGUGAUGGAGGAAGUGAUGUGGUAAAGCACAGUAGCUAUAGCUUUAUAAAAUAGAUGAAAAACCUGUUUCUUACCCACCUUUUUAUUGUGUUAUUUUUGGAGGAUAUUAUACAAUUCUGAUUAAAUAUCCAGCAACUAGAAAUGUACAUAAAACUAAUCAUCUUUAAGUUUGUGCGCUGUGUAAUUGUUCCUAAAUUGUGAUUACAUUUUUCAUUAAUACUGUUAUAUUUUUAAUACAGUAGUUAUCUUAAAAUAUACUUCAAACUUGUAUGUUGUCAGCUUUGAUUUGAUACCUUUAAGUAUUAACAUUUAUUUUUUGUUUUCUGUCAUACAAAGAUUUAAUUGAGAAAAGCAUAAAGUUAAUCUUAAACUUAUAUAUAAGCCAUUACGAAUAUACUGAAGAUAUAUAGCUAAAAAGGUUUACAAAUUAUAUUAUUAUCAUAACAAUUUGAAAACAGAAUUAAUAUUUGUUAUGCUCCCAUUUGAUUAGUGAAUUUUAAUGGUGCAUGAACUUAAAUAUAAAAAAAUAUAUACAACUUUUUCCACGUUUCAAUAGAAACAGGUUUUCAGUGUUAUUUGGUUGAAUUUGGUCAGUCUGACUUUUGGAUACUAGUUUAUUUCCAAACCAAUGUGAUCUUGCAUUUGCGUUCCUGUUUUCAUUGUAUUGAAAUAAUAAUUUCCUAGAGACCCCUGCUAUGGAACGCUGGCUGAUCUCAUUGUCUUACACGCAGUUGUCUACAUUUAAAACAGGACUUUGCUGUAUAAUCUUGUCUUGGAUGUUUGUGUCAACUUUACUUAUUGUUUUUUUUCUUCCAAAUAAACACUUAAAUGAGGUAUGAAGUCACCCGCAGGGCUCUCAGGGGUACUUAAGCACACUAUUUGUACAACUUUUUUUACUUUCAUUUUAUUUGUAGUCUAUAUGGAUCAGACACAUAUUUUGGACUCCUAAAUGUUUUCAUUUUGCUAACUGUAUCUCCAUGGAUUUUUCUUUUGAACUUCAAUAAAGUUAAUCUCUACACCAUA